UCAGUAGAGCUUGCCACCAAUGAGGUUUCGGAGCAGAACCCACUUCCCAAAAUGGAGCAAACAGCAAGCCAGAAAAGCACUGCUUCGUUUUUUGGUUUGUUUAGUGGUGCUGAUAGAGUUGACUAUGUGCUUAUGUUCUUUGGAAGUGUUGGGACGUGCGCCCAUGGGGCUGCACUUCCUGUUUUCUUUGUUUUGUUUGGUCGUAUGAUUGAUUCUUUGGGAAAUUUAUUUAAGAAUCCCCGUCAAUUAUCUUCGCACGUUUCAGAGAAUGCUUUGUACUUGAUAUAUCUUGGACUAAUAGUAAUGGCCUCAGCGUGGAUAGGUGUGGCAUCGUGGAUGCAGACGGGGGGAGAGGCUGACUGCUCAGUUGCGAGUGAAGUAUCUCGAGUCAAUUUUAAAGAAGGAUAUUAGUUUCUUCGACACUGAAGCCAGAGAUGCUAACAUCCUUUUCCACAUAUCAAGUGAUGCAAUUCUAGUUCAAGAUGCUAUAGGAGACAAAACAGGCCAUGCUUUGCAUUACCUUUCACAGUUUAUUGUCGGGUUUGCCAUCGGAUUUGCAUCCGUUUGGCAGCUUACGCUUCUCACCUUAGCUGUUGUACCAUUGAUUGCUAUGGCAGGAGGAGCUUAUACUGUAAUUAUGUCUACAUUGUCAGAAAAAGGAGAGGCUGCCUAUGCCGAAGCUGGAAAAGUCGCAGAAGAGGCUCUUUCGCAAGUUCGAACAGUGUACUCAUUUGUAGGGGAGGAUAGAGCAAUUGAAGCAUACUCCAUGUCACUUAAUAAGGCCCUCAAAUUUGGUAAGAAGAGUGGGUUUGCAAAAGGAAUUGGUGUAGGCUUUACUUAUGGCCUAUUGUUCUGUGCUUGGGCAUUGCUUAUAUGGUAUGCUGGCAUACUUGUUAGACAUGGACAAACAAAUGGAGGAAAAGCAUUCACAACAAUUAUCAACGUCAUAUUUAGUGGCUUUGCUCUUGGUUAAGCGGCUCCAAACCUCGCCGCCAUCGCUAAAGGUCGAGCUGCUGGUGGCAAUAUCUUGAGCAUGAUUGAAACAGAUGCCAACUCUUCUGAUAGAUCAGAUAGUGGAAUUUUGAUUCCAACAGUAUCUGGUAAAAUUGAGUUUUGUGAGGUCUGUUUGGCCUAUCCAUCAAGACCGGAUAUGGUUUUUCAAAACUUGAGCUUUGCAAUUAGCUCUGGUAAGACUUUUGCAGUGGUGGGCCCUAGUGGUUCAGGAAAGAGCACUAUUAUGUCCAUGGUUGAACGCUUCUAUGAACCUACUUCAGGUAAAAUUUUAUUGGAUGGACAUGAUCUUAAAACUCUGCAGUUGAAAUGGCUGAGAGAACAGAUGGGAUUGGUUAGCCAAGAACCAGCACUUUUUGCCACUACGAUAAUUGACAAUAUUUUCUUCGGUAAAGAAGACGCAAACAUGGAUUGGAUUAUUGAAGCUGCCAAAGCUGCAAAUGCUCAUUCUUUUAUUGAAGAGCUACCUAAUGGUUACUAUACUCAGGUGGGAGAAGGAGGAACUCAGCUUUCAGGUGGGCAAAAACAAAGAAUUGCUAUUGCAAGAGCAGUGCUGACAAACCCAAAGAUAUUACUCCUAGAUGAGGCAACCAGUGCUCUUGAUGCCGAAUCUGAACUAAUUGUUCAGCAGGCACUAGACAAAAUCAGGUCAAACAGAACUACAAUCAUUGUUGCUCAUCGACUUUCCACCAUCCGAGACGUUGAUACGAUCAUUGUCCUGAAGAAUGGUGAGGUUCUCGAGAGUGGAACUCAUUCAGAAUUGAUAUCCAAGGAAGGAGAGUAUGCAACCCUUGUGAGCUUGCAGGUUUCACGGCAAGCUAAAGUUUUAAGCCCUUUGUCUUGCUCCCAAAGUUCAAGGAGUCUCAGCUUCCGCGAACUCUCGGAUAGUAAGCACCAUCAAGAAGACUCUAACUCAAAUACAAGAAGGGACUUUGAGCAAAGUGAUCAUGAAAAACUGUCCUCCCCAAGCUUUGAUCAAGCUUCAGCAAUACGUGAGUUGGAAAGGAGAACUCAUGUCUUAAGUGCUUUUUAUUCCUCUGACGACUCUCGAAUCAAACAAGAGGUUCAACGUGUGGCUCUCAUAUUUGUUGGAUUACUACUCCAACACUAUUUCUAUACAUUAAUGGGAGAAAGACUGACUUCUCGUGUUCGCUUGUUGAUGUUCUCUGCUAUGCUUUCCAAUGAAGUGGGGUGGUUUGAUUUAGAGGAGAACAAUACUGGCUCUCUAACUUCGAUUCUAGCAGCAGACGCUACAUUAGUAAGAAGUGCUCUAGCUGACCGUCUGUCAACAAUUGUGCAGAACAUAGCCCUCACUGUGACAGCCUUUGUCAUUGCCUUCAUACUAAGUUGGCGUAUUGCAGCUGUUGUCGUUGCCUCGCUUCCUUUACUUAUUGGAGCUUCCAUCACGGAACAACUUUUUCUCAAGGGAUUUGGAGGAGACUACAACCAGGCCUACUCCAAAGCAACUGCUGUGGCACGUGAAGCAAUUGCCAAUAUACGCACUGUAGCUGCAUUUGGCGCUGAAGAGAGACUCUCAACACAAUUUGCCUCUGAACUAAACCAACCAACCAACCAAGCAUUUUUGAGAGGCCACAUAUCGGGUUUUGGCUACGGCCUGUCACAGCUUUUUGCAUUUUGCUCCUAUGCGCUUGGCCUGUGGUACGCCUCAAUCUUAAUCAAGAAAAACGAAUCAAACUUUGGGGAUAUCAUGAAAUCCUUCAUGGUUCUCGUAAUCAUAGCCUUGGCAAUAGCAGAAACUCUAGCCCUCACUCCAGACAUUGUGAAAGGGUCCCAAGCACUUGGCUCGGUUUUACGAAUUCUCCGAAGGAAAACAGCAAUUCAUCCCAACAGCCCCACAUCAAAUAUAGUCAGUAAUAUCAGGGGAGAUGUAGAAUUCAGGAACGUGUGUUUUAGUUAUCCUGAAAGACCCGAUAUCACCAUUUUGGAUGAUUUGAACUUAGAAGUCUCGGUAGGAAAGAGUCUUGCAGUGGUUGGACCAAGUGGGUCCGGAAAGAGCACAAUGAUCGGACUAGUAAUGAGAUUCUACGACCCUAAUAUUGGUCAAGUACUGAUUGAUGGGUAUGACAUCAAAAGCCUAGACCUGAAAUCACUAAGGAAGAAGAUAGGCUUGGUUCAGCAAGAGCCAGCACUGUUUGCAACCACAAUAUAUGACAACAUCAAAUAUGGAAGAGAAGAUGCCUCGGAAAUCAAGGUUAUGAAAGCAGCCAGAGCAGCGAAUGCUCACGGUUUCAUAAGCAGAUUGCCAGAGGGUUGCAAAACUCAAGUGGGGGGGGGGGGGGGGGACAGAGGAGUUCAGCUCUCAGGAGGACAAAAACAGAGAGUGGCCAUUGCCAGAGCAAUACUAAAGGACCCUGCAAUUCUGCUUUUGGACGAAGCCACAAGCGCUUUGGAUGUGGCAUCAGAGAGGGUGGUUCAGGAGGUACCUGAUAUGCUGAUGGAACGCAGGACUACAAUUUUGGUCGCACACAGGUUGUCAUCGAUACAGAAUGCAGAUUGCAUUGUGGUUAUGCAGCAGGGGAAGGUGGUUCAAGUGGGAAGCCAUGAUGAGCUAGUUGGCCAAACCGGCAGUGUUUAUAGACAGUUGGUUAGUUCACAACAAGAACAUAGAAGCCCUUGA